AUGUCUCCCAGUCAAUCGGUAGGAGCCAGCCUGGAGGCCCAGGAUCUCGCUUCCGAACAACAAGGACUCCUUGAUCUGAUCGAUAAGCUUCAAUUUGCGCAACUCGACAAUGUGAAGCUGCCUCAGAUUGUCGUGGUGGGAGAUCAGUCGGCGGGUAAGAGUUCGGUGCUUGAAGCCAUCACAGGGACUCCAUUUCCAAGAGAAGCCGGAGCCUGCACGAGAUUCGCCACCGAGAUCCGCCUCCGAAGAUCAAAGGUCGAAAAGUUCUCCGUCAAGAUCAUUCCCGAUCGAAGUACGAGAAGCUUUGCCGACCAGGAUCGGCUCUCGAAGUUUGGAGGCACGGUCGAUGAAUCAACUCCCUUCGAUGUGUUGAUGAAUCAUGCCGUGGAUCAAAUCGCUCCGAAGGGUAUUGCCGGAAGAUUCGCAACGAGAGAUGUCCUGGUCGUCGAAAAAGAAGGACCACAUUGCCCACUGCUGACCUUGGUCGACUUACCUGGUCUGGUUCAAAAUCCCAAUAAUGACCAGUCGAAAGAGGACAUCAAAGCGAUCAACGAUCUGACUGAUCGGUAUAUGAAGAAUCCACGAACCAUCAUUCUUGCGGUCAUUGGUGGCAAUGGAGAUUAUGUACAGGCUCCGGUCCUGAUUAAAGCACGACAGUUUGACCCUACUGGAGGACGGACAAUCGGAGUUCUGACGAAACCGGAUCUGACUGCAUCAAUUGGCCUCGAGGAUAAAUUUAUCGCCUUGGUCAACAAUAGAGACAAGGAGAACGAGCUGAAGCUAGGAUGGUUUGUUCUGCUCAAUCCUGGACCGCGGAAACGAAAUGAACCAUGGCCGUCACCUGAAGAACGAGCCCAGAGAGAGCAUGAUUUUUUCAAAUCUGGCAAAUGGAGCGAAUUAUCUCCAGAGAUGCGUGGAGCGACUGCUCUGAAACAGAAGCUCAGCUUUCAACUCCAGCGUCAUAUCGGCAAGCAUGUCAAAGCUCUGAGGCGGGAAAUCAACAAAGCGCUUGAUGAGUGUGAAACUGAGCUCAAGAUGAUGGGCGAGGGGAAAGACACUAUCGAGGAGAUGAGGGAAGAACUCGCACAAUUGUGUUCGGAAUCGAAAGAGCUUGUCAAUCCCGCUGUCCAUGGUACCUACAAGAAUCCGGCUGGUCGAUCCUUCUUUCCAUUUAUGGUGGACCAAAAGGGUACCCCUCCCCAGAAUCUAAGAGCCCGUGCUGUCGAAGAGAACCAGAAGUUCGCGAGGCGUGUGAGAGAUCUUGGUCACAAACUCAACUUCUCCUCCAGCGCCGAUCCUUCCGCAGUUGUCCCUCGUCCUGGAGGACUUUCGAAAGAGGAAUAUGCCCGCAGAGAGGUUGAGCCCCUCCUGCGCCAGAACAGAGGUACUGAAUUCGCAACCGAUCACAAUCCGCGUUUAGUCUAUACAUUAUUUCAGAACCAUUCCGAGAAAUGGACACGACUGGCUCAGCAGCACAAGGAGAAUCUGGGUAUCAUUUGCAGUGAAUUCCUUGCCGAGGUCAUUGAUGAGACCUGGCCAGGUCGAAUGCGGGAACCCCUACGCAGAGUUUUCUUGGACCCUCAAAUGAACGAGAUGAUAGAGAAAGCUCAAUUGGAAGUCGAUGUCCUGAAGAAAGACCAACAUUUAGAAGUUCAGUCGUAUGAUCCGGAGUAUGAGGUGCGCCUAAAGAAUUGGCAAGCAGCAGCAAACCCCGAGCGACCGUAUACAGUGGCGGAAGAGGUGCUCGAGAAGAUGCUCAUACAUUACGAAUUGACUUCUAAGAUCUUCAUCAUGAACGUCAUCACACAAGUUGUGGAACGUCACCUUCUCCAGGGUCUUGACUCGGUUUUCAACUCUGUCAAGGUCUGGAAGAUGAAGAAUGAGCAUGUCGAGGCCAUCGCAGCCGAAAACAAGCAGACUCGAGAUAAGCGUCUCACUUUGAAGACCAAAAAGAAAGCUAUCGAGGAGGCUAGAGAUCUUUGCGCAAACUUGGCUAUGCGGAAGGAGUUGAGAGUGUACGGUAACGAAGAUGAAGAGUCUGAGGAAGACGAUGAAGAAUCCAGCCCAACCACAUCACACCAACCAUCAUCAAGCAAGACUAUACCGACCGACUUGCUCGGAUCUACAGCCAGGAAGCCUGCCAAGUCGCAACCUCCAGUAGCAGAAGUUCAACCCCGUACCGAGGCCCCCAUGACCAAUGGAACAAGUAAACCUCGAGUCGCGUCACAGGAGUACUACCCCGACACGCGAAGCAGUCACGCCGUAGAUUCUUCGCAGACAAACGGCUGGGAGCAGUCUGCUCAAGAGUUCUAUCAAUCAAGCAAACCUCAGUACUCAGCUCCGGCACCUCCACCCCGCCCUGGGAAGCUGCCACAACCCGAUGAUGCUUACCCCGUCACACCUCCAGCCUCGAGCACUCGUCCAGCUUUCAACAACGCAGAUUACAAUCAACCUUCCCCUCGCGAGAGCACAGGACAAUAUGCAUAUAGUCGACCUGAUAUUCCUCAAACCCCAACCGACUUCGAUCAGGCAAGCAUUGGUACGAGAAAUUCGGGUUCGAGGAACUUCUUCAGUAAGAAGAGGUAG